AUGUCCCGGACGACCGCAAAAGCCUUGGAAAGGACAAUUACGUCCCUGAAGCUCUGUGACGAUGGACACGAGUCUGGAGCGGGAAGCCAUACAGCAGCAAAGGAAAGGGCAACCAGUCGCUUCGCGGCAGCCCAAAAGCUUUUCGAGGACCAGGCAGCGUCGCAGCUAAAUACACACACACCUGGGCCUCUUAUCCGACAGAGGACAAACACCACCGCAUCACUAUACGCGAAGCUCAACCACCCAGCCCCUGAAUUUAUCUCAUCUCCAUUCCUAGAAGGCAGAGUCCCUGUUCCCGACAACGGCUCUUUAACCAACGUCGCCAUGAGCUCCAAAGCAUGGCAUGUCCCUAAACUAGACUUAGCUUCAGCAUUAGCACUAUCAUCGAGUCUGUCAAGUCCUGUAGAUACUGGAUCCAUGCCCGGACUUGCAGUGGUUCGCCAGCUUGGUACUGCAGGUACGAUAAACUUGUUAUAUUUGACGGCGUGGAUGAAAGCAAUAGCACGCCAAGGCUGGUUACGAGAAGCUCGAGAGGGCUAG